ACGAAUUAUGUUCGAGAACCGAGGUAUCUCUGUACACACUUUUAUCGUGCACAUACAUGAUCGUGCUGUAAACUGAUGUACUCAAGAGUCCGUGUAAGUGUGUCUUGGAUGCAGACAUGCACCGAAGAGUGGGCAUAUGCCCUUGAUGGUGCGCGUCCUCCGGGCAUACCUUCCUUUACCCAUGGUUGUCUUUCCUUGAAUUCCUGCAAGGAGAAGAUAUAUGUCAACAGAUAUCGAGGUAACUAUAAAAGCCCGUGAAAAACAUUGAGCACACAAAAACCCACCGACCACCCACAAGAACACUUCCGUCUCGCUGCUCCGGCACCCGGCUAACCAGUGGCGAGCCACCCUGCUAUCGACUAGCCCCUCCCCACCACCACGACACACACUCAUCAAGUGGGAAAAUGAAGCAUUCUCCCCGUGUGAUGUGUGGACUGGUGGUCCUGCUGCUGACGGCGCUGACGGAGGCCAGACACAGUAGCUGCAGGCAGCCAUCCAACCAGGAGCUGGCGCAGUACCUGUCGGGAGGUUCCAGCCUCCCGGAGAGUUUUUAUCAACUCUCGGAACUCCACUCGAAAGACAAUAUUUACAACUCGUCCUGCAAUGGCUACCGGGUCAGACUGAGCACUUUCUAUGAUGAGGGGAAGAACUGCUCUGAUGAAUGGAACCCGGACCCAUGUCCUGUCACCUGGAUGUUCAACUACGACUCUGACCGCUACCCGGACACCCUUGUGGAGGCCAAGUGCAAGCCGUGCGAGCGGGGUCUUUUCACCUGCAGACCUGUCUACUACUACACCAAGGUCAUGAGGAAAGGCGACUGUAACAGUAUCACUGGGGUGUACAAUUAUAAACAGGUAAACAACAACAACAGUCUUGAUUACUUACUGACCGUGUUUGGGAGGAUGGUGGGGUGUGUGCUAUUUAUAAGAGAGCUAAAGGUAGCUUCAUGACCUCACUUUUGGAGAGUAUAACUUAACUCAGGGCAAGCAUUUUUAUAGUGAUAUCCCUCUCCUCCCCCUCGCUGCCUUUCCCAGCAUGCUGAGGGGGUCAGGCACACACAUAAAAACGGUGUCAGGUACACACAUAACAGCUUAUAUAUUCAGGUACACACAUAACUGUGGGGUCAAGUACACACAUAAAGGGGGGUCAACUGGGGAAAGUUCGCUUCGCCACGCUAAAUCGCACAGCCUAUGUGUCUGAGAGGGCCGUGCUCUAAUAACUAUCCAUCAUUUUUAUAUUUUUGGAAGAUCUGAUCACACGAUUCUACUGUCUGUAGACAC